UAGACUACAUAAAAAAGCACAAGUAAUACGUUGUCUUGUGACUGAGAGCCUGACUCAGUACUUGGAAAUGUAUACUGUGCUUGUAGAAGCAGCAGCUGGUCAUAGGCAGGGAGUCAGCCUUGGAGUCAGGAAGUCUUGGAUUCAUAUUUUCUCAACACAUACUAGAAGAAUCAUGUGGGCAGGUGAUUUAGAUUCUCUGCCCCUGGGUGACCCUCUAAGACCACACAUGUACUCUGCCUACAUGUUUUCACCCAGUGGAAAAAACACAUUUUUUUAAAAUUUUCAGAUAACAUACCACCUUCAACAUGGCCACGGAUUUCUGGAUGCCAGCCCCAAUCUGUCUAAUAGAGAACAGAAAUGGGCAACUGACAGGGAACAGAGAAGCACUGCAGGUUCUGGCUACAAUUACCCAACCUGUGGUAGUGGUUGCUAUUGUGGGCCUCUACCGUACUGGCAAGUCCUACCUGAUGAACAAGUUGGCAGGGCAAAAAUCAGGUUUCUCCCUUGGCUCCACAGUGCAGUCUCACACCAAGGGUAUCUGGAUGUGGUGUAUUCCUCAUCCCAAGAAGCCAAAUCAUACCCUUGUUCUCCUGGACACGGAGGGGCUGGGCGAUGUGGAGAAGGGUGACAACAAGAAUGAUGGGUGGAUCUUUGCCCUGGCUGUGCUAUUGAGCAGCACCUUUGUCUACAACAGUAUAGGCAUCAUCAACCAACAAGCCAUGGACCAACUGCACUAUGUAACUGAGCUGACAGAACGAAUCCGAGCCAAGUCCUCCCCUAGCACUGCUGGGGCAGAAGAAUCGGUUGACUUUGUGAACUUCUUUCCAGAUUUUGUGUGGACUCUACGCGAUUUCACUUUAGAACUCCAAUUCAAUGGGCAGCCCAUCACCUCUGAUGAGUACUUGGAGAAGGCACUAAAGCUCAAAGAAGGUACCAGCAAUGAAGUGAGCAUGUUUAAUCUUCCCAGACAGUGUAUCCACCAAUUCUUUCCUAAGAAGAAAUGCUUUAUCUUUGAACAACCCACCUCUGGGAAGAAGCUUGCCCAGCUUGAGAAACUUCAGGACAGUGAACUGGAGGCUGGCUUUAUUGAACAAACUGAAAGCUUCUGCUCCUAUAUCUUCCAGCAUUCCAAAGUAAAGACUAUCCAAGGAGGCAUCACAGUCAAUGGGCCCCGUCUAGAAUAUCUGGUCCUGACCUAUGUUGAGGCCAUCACCAGGGGAGAUAUUCCCUGUAUGGAGAAUGCAGUCCUGGCACUGGCUCAAAUAGAGAACUCAGCUGCAGUACAAAGAGCCCUUGCAUACUAUGAGGAGAUGAUGAAUCAAAGAGUCCAGUUCCCCACGGAAACCCCUCAGGAACUGUGCAACAUGCAUGCCACCUGUGAGAGAGAAGCCAUCGAAGUCUUCAUCAAGGACUCUUUCAAGGAUGUAGAUCAGAAAUUCCAGAAGAAAUUGGAGAGCCAACUGGAGGCCAAGCGAGAUGCCUUUUUUGACCAGAACCUGAACAUGUCAGCACAGCGGUGCAGAGCUUUGCUUCAAGAUAUUUUCAGUACUCUGGAGGAAUCAGUGAAGCAGGGGACCUUCUCUAAACCAGGGGGCUAUGGUCUCUUUCAGCAGAAGAAGCAAGAGCUAAUAGAGAAGUACAACCAGCAGCCUAAGAAAGGAAUACAGGCUGAGGAGACUCUGCAGGAAUACCUGAAAUCCAAGGAAUAUGUGGCUAAAACAAUUGAGCAGACAGAUCUAGCACUGACAGCAAAAGAAAAGGAGAUUGUUGAGGAGCAGAUGAAGGCUCAAGCUGCAGAGGCUGCUGCUGCAAGACAACUGGAGGAACUGCUGAAGAGGAAUCAGGAGAUGCAGAAACAAGAUACAGGUCGGAAGACAAUACCUGCAAGGGUAGAGGCGGAGGUGAAUCGCAUUGGAAGGCGUUUAAGGAAGCUGAAGUUCUAAAACUGCAGGAACAAGAAAAUUGACUACAGGCAAGAUUCAAUGGCCAAAACUGCAACAACUUCAGCAUUAGAAACACUCUACGGGAAAAAUAGCUAUGUCAUGCAUUUAAGACUUGGAGCUUCCCCUUCUUGUUUACCUAUGCAAAACGUAAAGGAGAAGCUUCAGAACUGAGGAUAUGGCACUUGACUAAAAGUUCUUAUUUAUAUUGGUUUAUAUUGGUAAAUUCUAAGAUAAUCGUAAUAUCUUACGUUCAUUUAACACUUUGAAGUUUACAAAUAUGGGACAUGACUAUAAGAAAUGAUGAACUGAUGAUUUUGGAAAGACUUACAGGAACUGAUGAAAAGUCAAAUGAGAAGAACCAAAAGAACAUUUAUUAUACACAAUAACAGAAAUAUUUUUUGAUGAACAACUGUGAAUGACCUAAUUAUUCUCGAUAAUACAGUGACCAAAGACAACCCCUGUGAUUCAUGAUGGAAAACACCAUCUGCCCUCUAAGAAAGAACUGAUGGAAUCUGAAUGCAGAACAAAAUAUACGAUAUGUAACUUUUUUCUUCUAUUUUUAUUGAUAUCUCUUCUAUAAAAUGGUUAAUAAAGAAUAUGCUUUAUGUGAUUGCACAUGGAAAAUCUAUAUCUGACUGAUCACCAUUUC